UUAUUAUCUUGUUUUAAAAAAGAAACAACAAAAUCUCUAAGUUUUAGAGGUUAAGUGACUUUUUUCCAUUCAUAUGGCUGUUUGGUAGCAGAGCAAGACAGAAUCUAAGUGUACUUCUUAGUCUAAUUGUCUUUCUGCAGUAUCACCUUGACCUCUUGCAGUUUUAGGAACUGUAGGCUAUAAGACAGUGUCACUUCAUGAAAAGGACUGAAUGCACCUAAUGUAUGUACUGAAUUUGGACAGAGAUCUGUAGCUUAAAGAACUUGCAUUGCUUUACUCCCCUUAAAGGUACAUCUGGUGUUAAGAAACUCAUUAUUGCAUUGCUACCUUAAUGAGAUAAAAGUCCUUAGAGAAAGAGGUAAAUCAUGAGAACGUAACUUUAAAGAGUUUAUUACUCCUUGAUGAUAAUAGUUCUCACAACACUUCUCUGUACAUUUCUCCUCUAGUCACUUUGGCUCUGUUGUCCCAGAUUUACAGAUAAGGAAACAGACUCAGAGAAGGUAGACCUUUGUAGCGUCACACAGCUCAUAGAUGAGCAGGUUCUUGUCCUCUGUCUCUUAGUUGGCAAUACUGCUUUCUCUGUGAGGCAAGCUUAAAGACAUUUGUUUAAAAUGACUACUGGUUACAGAUGCUGUGGCGAUUUCUGGGGAAAUAUCAUCACCUCCUCUAUUUUCAGUCAGCCAUCGCUCCCAGCCCCAACAACCCUCUCAGCCCCAGCGGACCCUGCUCCAGCAUGUGGCUCAGUCACAGACUGCAACACAAACUUCAGUGGUGGUGAAGUCCAUCCCAGCAUCCUCCCCUGGAGCAAUCACCCACAUUAUGCAGCAGGCAUUAAGCAGUCACACUGCUUUUACCAAACACAGCGAGGAACUUGGAACUGAGGAGGGCGAGGUUGAAGAGAUGGACACUUUAGACCCUCAGACAGGUCUGUUUUACCGAUCUGCCCUGACUCAGUCACAGUCAGCUAAACAGCAAAAACUUAGCCAGCCCCAGCUGGAACAGACUCAGCUGCAAGUGAAAACUCUGCAGUGCUUCCAGACUAAACAGAAGCAGACCAUCCACCUGCAGGCAGACCAGCUCCAGCACAAACUCCCGCAAAUGCCCCAGCUUUCCAUCAGGCAUCAAAAACUCACCCCUCUCCAGCAAGAACAAGCACAGCCCAAGACAGAUGUACAGCACACACAGCAUCCCAUGGUGGCCAAAGACAGGCAGCUUCCUACCUUAAUGGCACAGCCCCCGCAAACGGUAGUACAGGUGCUUGCAGUGAAAACUACACAGCAGCUCCCCAAACUGCAGCAGGCUCCGAACCAACCAAAAAUCUACGUGCAACCCCAAACCCCCCAGAGCCAAAUGUCGCUCCCUGCCUCAUCAGAGAAACAGCCGGCAAGCCAGGUGGAGCAGCCAAUUAUAACCCAAGGAUCCUCUGUUACAAAGAUAACUUUUGAGGGGCGCCAGCCUCCCACAGUUACAAAGAUAACUGGUGGCGGUUCUGUGCCUAAGCUGACAUCACCAGUUACAAGCAUAUCUCCCAUUCAGGCCUCUGAGAAGACAGCAGUUUCAGACAUUUUGAAAAUGUCUUUGAUGGAAGCUCAGAUUGAUACAAAUGUAGAGCAUAUGGUAGUGGAUUCCCCAAAGAAGGCUCUUGCCACUAGUAUGCUCACUGGUGAAGCAGGAUCAUUACCCUCUACCCACAUGGUGGUGGCAGGGGUGGCGAAUUCUACUCCUCAGCAACAGAAGUGUAGAGAGUCCUGUUCAAGUCCAUCUGCUGUUGGCCCUCUCCUAACGACCAGGAAAAUCGAUACACCAGGAGUGCCUACAACAGGCCAGUUCAUGCGUAUUCAGAAUGUAGGCCAAAAGAAAGCUGAAGAGAGCUCAGCAGAAAUUAUUAUCCAGGCCAUUCCUCAGUAUGCUAUUCCUUGUCACUCCAGCUCCAAUGUGGUUGUGGAGCCCAGUGGGCUUCUUGAGCUAAACAACUUCACCAGUCAGCAGCUGGAUGAUGAUGAGACGGCAAUGGAACAGGACAUAGACAGUAGCACGGAGGAUGGAACUGAGCCUAGCCCCUCUCAGAGUUCUGCUGAACGGUCCUAGUGUUUUGGAUAAAGGAGUGCACUUUAAAACCUGCUUGGUUACCAAGUGUCCAGGGAAACUCUUGAAUUCUAAUGUCAAAAAAAAAAAAAAAAAAAAGCACUUUGCCCGUACUUAGGCUAUGACCCUGAAACAGCAAUAUUUCAAUAAGAUAUUGCUGCAGGAGUAGCAUUUUAAAAAGAUAAAACUCACAGGGAAAUGUACUUUUUAAAAAAAUUAGAAAAAAGGCGAAAAAAAAAAGAGAUGUACAUCUACAGAGAUUCAAGACCUGAUAUUCUUUCUCUGUUGGACCGUGGCAAAUGGAAAAGUUUCAUCUUUCAGUGGAAAGAGACUUUUCCUGUGAAUGUUUCCCAUCUGGUUUCCAUUGAGCAAAUUGCCAUCAAAAAGUACCAUCAAAAAAGGAGAAUGUGAAUAGUUUGUAUUUUGAAAUGAUGUGUCAUGAACAGUUUUUAAAGGUUUUGUAUGUUUUUGCAAAUCCUUGGAAGUGUUGAACUGCUGGUUAACAUUUUAUGUUUGCUCAGUUGAUAAUUAGUUUAUAAAUAUCUAGGAAAAUACUGGCAUUAAAGAAACCUUUUUGGUUGGCAGAAAACAGAUCCUUAACCAGUAGGAAGGCUUUCUGGGUGGCUUGUACAUUCUCAUUGGUUGUAUGCUAAUUUAUUGUGUUUUUCCUUUGUGCUCUAGGCAGCACACUUGCCUUCUAUUUAUUUAACUGUAAACAUUUCAAAGUAGGCCAUAGUCCUUCUGAUAUAUUUCUUGUAAACCAGGAUUGUCUCCCCUUCCACCUCCCAUCCUUCUUUCAGUCCCCUUCAAGAAAAGUUAGAAAAUGUAUCAUUAUGAAGUAGAAGGAAAAAAUUUUUUUUCUGGCCCAAAGGAAAUGUUAAUUUAUGUUAAGGAAAACAAAUUAUUCACUGACAUGAUGCUGUUUUAAUGUUGAAAUUGCACAUUCAUGUUGGAGUGAGACUUUGAAAUAAUUUUUACAUACUUUUGUUUAAGCCCCUUUGAAAUGUAUAAAAAGUUGAUUUACAGUUCUAAAUGUAAUGUUUUUAAGCAUUCUACCUUUUUAGGACACAGUUUGUUUAAUCAGAAUGUUUUGGUCUUGUGAUCAUUGUCUGUCACAAAUAGGGUGGGGUUAAUGGUGUGGGAGGCUAAGAGUUUUGACAAACUGGCAAAGGAAACUAUACUUUUCAUUUUUAAAAUGUAAAUAGAAAAGUUUUUAACGGUUUUAUAUAGAUUUCACUAUAAAUAAGCAUUUUAAGACUGACAAAUGUUGACCUGUACAUACAUAUAUCAGCAUAACUGCCCAACUUUUUGGUGCUGAAGUACUGUAAGUAGAAUUCAUCAAGUCUCCUAAUUUUUGCAUCUAUCUGGAAAGAAAAGCUGUGAUACUAUGGUUAAUAAAUUCCCACUAAAGUGACACUGAAGAUUUCAACACAAGCAUUCAUAAGAUGCACUGGUCUCUGGUGGUUGUCAAUUUCUAUGCUGGGUGGUAGUGACUUACCCAUAGAUGGAGCUGUUGGGUAUCAUUUCAUUGUACAAAAUUCAUGUUUAAAAAACUUGUGA